AUGGCCAAAGUUGAGGGCGCACCAGCACAUGGUGCUGUAGCCCACCUCCUACCACAAACGUACAAGCGAUUGGUCUCGGAAUGGCUCGAGGAGGACACGCCGAGCUUCGAUUAUGGUGGCUUCGUUGUGGGCGAGGAAAUAUCUGAGGCGAAAUUGCUAGGGAAAAGUGAAGGCAUAGUUGCAGGCGUCCCCUUCUUCGAUGAAGUCUUCCGGCAACUGGGCUGCACUGUAGAAUGGCACGUCAAAGAAGGUGCCUCCUUCCAACCUGUAACUCACUGCGCCACGGUACGCGGCCCUGUCCGCCACCUCCUUCUCGGUGAGCGAGUGGCUCUCAAUACGCUCGCCCGUUGCUCCGGUAUCGCCACCAAGUCUAAUCGUCUACUUACCCUUCUACGUGGAGCUGGCUACCCAAAUAUUCUCGCCGGUACCAGGAAAACUACACCAGGUUUCCGACUCGUGGAAAAGUAUGGCAUGCUAGUGGGUGGUGUGGAUGCGCAUCGAGUUGACCUGAGCGCGAUGACGAUGCUGAAAGACAACCACAUCGUCGCUGCAGGAAGCAUCACCAACGCCGUAAGAGCUGCCAAAGCGGCGGGUGGUUUCGCAAUCAAAGUUGAAGUCGAAUGCCAAUCAUUCGACGAAGCAGAUGAGGCUAUCGCCGCUGGUGCUGACAUCGUCAUGUUGGACAACUUCACUCCUGAGGGUGUUCAGGUCGCUGCCAAAGACCUGAAAGACAAAUGGGGGCGAGGUACUGGAGAUAGGAAACAAAUCCUUGUCGAAGUAAGCGGUGGGCUUACCGAAUACAAUGUGGAAAAGUAUGUCUGUGGGGAUAUUGAUAUUGUAAGUACAAGCAGCAUACACCAAGGAGUACCGCAUGUGGACUUCAGCUUGAAAAUUGUACCCAAGAAUUCCAGCUUCGACAUGCAAUACCUCAACAUCAUCCUCGCUCUUACUGCUGUAGUAUCAGCUAUCGAUAUUCGGGCGCACAACGAGUCGCACUGUAAGGGUGUUACCUCAACUUACAAGAACGCCCAACCUGACCGGUGCUAUGCUGGUGGCGGCGUAUCCUACGCUUGGUCAUUUGUUGCUAUUCCUACGAACUGGAAACUGAGCACCAGGUCUCACCAGGGCGGCAAUUGUAAAGAGUUGGUUCACACGUUCAACUCGGAUGGCAAAGACUCAGUUUGCCAUGGUGCACCCGUUAACAACGUAUUGUACACAGGAGCCGGCUACGGCUUUAUCAACAGAAAAAGGUCGGAAAAUAUUGCUGUUGACAGCGAAGACUGCGUCUGGAAACCAGACCUUUUAACUCUAGAAGACGGCACAACGUACACCCUUACAGAUGUUGAAGAAGAAACAGUGAAGAUCAUACGUAAAGACAUGCGCUCAAGAGUACUCAUUACUACGGUGCUGGCCGCCCUGAGCAACGCCCACGAAGAUCAUCAGAGUGAAGGCGGGCAGUACACACUGACCGACGACCUGACUUACAAAAAGUUCUUCUCCGCCUUUGACUUUUUCGACGGCCCAGAUCCAACCAAGGGUUUCGUCAAGUACCAGAACCAGGAGAAUGCGAUCAAGCAAGGUCUAGUUGGCUACCUCGAGGAUACACAGUCCGUGUUCAUGGGCGUUGAUUACACGACCAAGGACACUGCUGGCCGCGCUUCCGUUCGCCUUGAGAGCAAAAAAAGCUGGAACCAUGGCCUGCUCGUAGCGGACAUCCGCCAUAUGCCCGCCUCUGAAUGUGGGUCUUGGCCGGCCUUUUGGCUUUUGUCGUCCUCGGCAGACUGGCCCCAGGGUGGGGAAGUGGACAUCCUCGAGGGCGUGAACGACUACGAAAGUAACUCUGUUACCUUGCAUACAACCACGGGUUGCAUGGUUGAUAACUCGACAUCAGCAGGAGGAGGAUCUGGUGUAGCCGGCGAUAUCGAAGCGGCACCAUUCACUGGUCUUAUGUCUACAGACGAUUGCGAUGUUGCUGCGCCAGGUCAACUCAAGAACGUCGGAUGCUCUAUUCAUGCUCCCGAAAUCAUGUCUGGUAUCCAAACUGGUGGUAGCGGUAACACUGACACCGGUGGUGCUGUGCCUCUUCCCUCGUACGGAACGGAGUUUAACAAAGCUCAAGGCGGUGUCUACGCUAUGGAAUGGAGCACGAUUGGAAUCUCGGUAUGGUUCUUUCCUCGUGAAUCUCACAGCUUCACUGAAAACUUCUCUUUAAACACAACCCUUCCCAACCCAUCUCGCUGGGGCACACCUAUAGCCCACUUCAGCGGUUCCGGUUGCGACUUCUCUGAGCGCUUCCGAGAUCUUAAAAUUAUCUUUAAUAUGGCUUUUUGUGGUGAAUGGGCAGGCGCUGAGUGGAACAAGUCUUGUGCCAAAAAGACUGGGGUUGCAACCUGUAAUGAGUAUGUUCGCGAUAAUCCCGAGGUAUUUAAGGAGGCAUACUGGGAGAUUGCUGGGUUGAAAUGGUUCCAGAAGGGUGCUACGUAG